CAGCCGCGCGGGGGCGCCGGGCGCGAUUGUCAGUCCCACUCGGAGCGACGUACCGACCGAUCGCCUCGCGCACCGCUAACGCUCCAUCUCGCGAAUCUAACCUCUCCGUACACGAACUAUUCCAACUUUGUGUUGCUUACCUUCGCGUCCGCAAGCUUUGAAAUUGAAGAAUUCAUUGGUCAAUUAAAUCGCGUUAAACCAUGACACUGCGUUGACAUAGUCGUCAUAAGUCGUCAGAGUGUGUGAAUGUGGUGUUGGGCGCCCCGGCGAGGACUUAGCGGCGCAUGAGCGCGGGCGCCGCCGCAGCGGAUGUCCACGCCGCUGCCCAAGUGGUGGAUCGUGCAGUUUGGAAUGCCAGCAGCUCUUGACCUAACUAGGUACAAGAGCGGGGUGCGCUCAGUGAGGAGCGGGGCCGGCGGCGGCGCGGAAGAGGCGCGGCGCGGCGGCCUCAAGGCGCUGCCGAAGCGCGCCCGCACCCGCUGCAGGGGCAUGAACAUGGGGCAAAAGCUGUCCGGCGGUGUCAAAUCGGUGUCGCGGGAGUGUUCGGCGCCGUACAAGGCGGUGGUCGCGCGCGAGCUGGCUCCCGAGCCGCCGCGGCCGGCGCGCCUCGACGCACUGCUCGACGCGCCGCCCGCGCAUCCGGAGAUGCAGCUCAAGCAUGCCUGGAACCCGGGCGAUAGAUCACUAAACAUAUUCGUAAAAGAAGAGGACGCGUUAACGUUUCACCGGCACCCGGUGGCACAGAGCACAGACUGCAUCCGCGGGCGUACCGGUUACUCGCGGGGCCUACACUGUUGGGAGGUGGUGUGGCCGUCGCGCCAGCGCGGCACGCACGCCGUCGUCGGGGUGGCCACGCAGCACGCGCCGCUGCACUCCGUCGGAUACCAGAGCCUAGUCGGCGCUACGGAUCAGAGCUGGGGAUGGGACCUCGGGAGAAAUAAGGUGUACCACAACGCGAAAGGCACGGGCGGCAGCGGGACGACGUACCCCGCGCUGCUGCGGCCCGACGAGCAGUUCAUGGUGCCGGACCGCGUGCUGGUGGUGCUGGACAUGGACGAGGGCACGCUGGCCUUCUGCGCCGACGGGCGCUACCUCGGCGUGGCGGCGCGCGGCCUGCGCGGCAAGACGCUCUUCCCCAUCGUCUCCGCCGUCUGGGGGCACGCCGAGAUCACCAUGAAGUACAUUGGCGGCCUCGAUCCGGAGCCGCUGCCGCUGAUGGAGCUGUGCCGGCGCGUGAUCCGGCAGCGCGUGGGCCGGCCGCGCCUGCGCGCCGCCGCCUCGCGCCUGGCGCUGCCGCCCGCGCUCACCGCCUACCUGCUCUACCGCGCGCCCUAGUACCACGUGCGCGCCCGCCAGCAUCGCCGGCACCGUCUGCACCCGCACCCGCACCCGCACCCGCGCCCGACCGAUACCGACACCUAGAACGAUACGUGCAUUCAUUCCUUUUUACUCCUCCUAUUUGGUACCUGUUGAUUUUUACUCAAAAGUGUCCCAAGUCUACUCGACGAUGACGCUAACAUUAAUGUCCUCGGAUUAUCGCGCCGUUCUCCAAAAGCGGUCCUCGUGCUAUGUAGAUAAUAUUUUCGACCCGAAACGUUUCCGAUACGAAACUGACAAAAGUAAAAACGAACCGGACCCGCCUCUCGUCAAUAUUUACUAGUCUUUUCGACGCCCGCCCCCGGUCUUCGUGAAAUUAUAAGAUAUCAAAAAAAUUCAUAGUUUGACCGAGACGAACGAGUCUGCGGCGAUUUUGAUAGCCCGGACUGUGCAAAUGUUAUUUUAAACGUCAAACUUCUAUGAAAUUAUGCAGUCUACUAUGAAAAUCGUUGCACAGUUGUCUUGGUCCAACUCUCUAACACGUAAAACGGCCAAAUAACUUGAGUAAAAAUAAAUGAAUUCAAAUAUGGUUCCGGAUGCGGAACCCCGACUUUACGCGAGUGGAACUCUUAUGUACAAGCUCACGAGCCCGUCCGUAGACUAUGCCCGUGAUUAGGCGUCCGCUGAAUUAGCUCAACAUAGAAAAUUUGUCUGACGAGACAUCAAGCGCUUGCAAUGUGACUACAAACACGCGUGUACGCUCCACGCAGAAACAUAUGUUUUUUACAGACACCUAUAUCUUGUCCCUCAAGAUGUAUCUGCGUAACGACCUGACGACGCACCAUUAGGUUUGUUAAAUGAUAUGACGAAUUGUUACUGAGCGAUAGAAUCUUCUACCAAUCGAUUUUAGAAGCAUGAUGAGUGCAUUCGCCAAGAGAACGGUGUUUCAAUGCAGACGUGUAACAUUUAAUUUUCACUAGAACCGUCAGCGCCUAUUCCAAAUGACAUUACCUUCUUGCACUGACUGAUUUUUGUUAAAAUAAAUAUAAUGACGUAGUGGCGUAGUAUCUACGAAUAUGGACGUGUGGAACCUAUAACACCAAACAAAUAUUGAAAACAAUUUUAUUAUAGAAGACAUUUGAUUAUUUUGAUUUGCAUUGCAACAUACCUUAAAUUUAUUUUUAUUUCAAUAAUUACUGUGAUAAUAUUUUAUUGAUUAAUCAAAGUCAGAAUUUAUAUAAAUAGUGAUGAAUAAUUUUUUCAAACAUUUAAGUUUGCAAUGAUAGCGAUAUCUCCUAUGCUCCGAAAGGGCAUUUCUCAUAAAAUUAAUGUGAAUUGUAUCGCCUAAUUAAUUUUGAAAGUGUAAUGGUGGGCUAGUUCCGGGUAUCGUUACCUCGAAUCGCGACGAAUUGACGAUUUAUAUACGACACUAUUUAUAAGUUAGAUGUGGCAGUAAAUAUUGCGAUGUAUUUACAUUGUCCUGUAAUGCAAGCCGCACGUUUUAAAGCCAUAUUGAUCUCUUAAACAAUACGAUUUCUGCCGUGACUCUCUCGGGUGACGGCAGAGAGGAGUGUUUCCUCGUUAAGAAGUAUAUAUUAUUGUAGAACAACAGGCGGAGCCUCACCGCUCACAGCGUGUCGGCCGCCCCUCUAGGCCAGUGUGUAUCGUUGGCGAUCUUACUAACUAUUAUAUAGCUCACUAAGCGACUGGUUUAUUUUUUAGUUUAGUACCUUUAAUUCCUAUGUAAAAAACGUGUGAGUGUGUAAUGUAUAUAAUAUACGCAUUAAUCCGCAGGAAGUUAACAUGUCACCCGGGGAUUAUUUUAGAUGUACAUUUCUGAAAGUUUUGCUUUAAGACGAUUCCUAGUAUGUAUUGGUAUGAUUUGCAAGUCGAUCGCUCCUCGUUAAGUCUUCUGUUUUACGACUUAGUAUGUAGAUUGCAAUUAAAGAUAAAUAGUAUCGUGAAAGCACUGUACUAAUCGACUCGUCAGCCAUUUUUGACCCAAAUUAGUUGUAUCGUAACCUAAAAAUGUGUAAGUACUUCCAUUUUAAUAAGAAUUUUUUCGUAUGUAGACGUACGGCAUGUAGGCGUCCCUCGUGGAAUCCACUUUUGUACGAUGUUGAUAUUCCCAUUUUAUCUCCGAUAUAAAAAUAUAUUAGACGUAAACCGUUUAGUUGACUUUCGGGAGAUGUUAUUUUUUGACGCAGCAUUAUUUGUAAUAAGAGUUUCAUGUGAAUAUCGACAUGUUAUACGUAAAUAGACGAUGAUAAACUGCCAAAUGCGAUGAUUGUGUGCGUAGUGUGCGUGUGAGAGCGUGUGCGAGAAUGUGUGCGUGGAGACGGAGCGUGCGUGCGAGGCGAGGGACGAGUGGCGAGGAAUGUGCGAGGAAGCGCGUUAGAAUAUUUUUGUUGCGUAAGUGAUAUAAACAUGAUAUACACCAAACUUGAUGUAACUGUUGCCACGGCCCCUUACGAUAAACCCCUCACUGAAGGACCAACGAUUUCUCGUUUCGAAAUACCCAAAGUAUAGUUUGUUUGCAUUCGAAUUCUUUCAUCUUACCUCCCACUUCUCUCAUAUCCCAAUAAGGGGUUUACUGUAAAGGAUUGUCACGUUAGUAGCAAAAAGUAACCAUUUGAAUUGUAUGAACCGUCUUUAGUCCUGUAUAUAUAGUUUAUCAUUUUGCGGUGUUUAAUGACUACAUUAUAAGUGGAAAUGCAUUUUAGUUUUAUAAGUUUAGGCAAUAUUUUUAAAAGAUCAUUUCUAACGGAUAACUGCGAUUGACAGUCGGAAUCUCUUAGAUACAAUGAUUUAAAAAAAAAAUAGGAAAACGAUUGGAAUAAAUAUAAAUGGUUAAGAAAAUAAUAAAUGAUAAAGAAUUGAAAA